AUGGCGAAGGCCCGUGCGGCCAUUAACCUCGCCGAUUACGGGAUCGCCGGGCUCAGACCAAAGAGAGCCAUAACCGGGGGUCUGAUUUUGGAGGUCCCCGGCGAAAACGGAGCAGAAAGAGCGGACGCACUGGCUAAGGCCAUGUCCGCCCUGUUUGCAGAGGAUGAGACCAGAGUCUCCAGACCCGUCAAGACCGCGGAGGUCAGGAUAAAGGGUCUGGAGGACUCUGUGUCCCCGGAGGAGAUGACCGCGGCCCUGGCAAUAGCCGGGGGAUGCACCCAGAGAGAGGUCAAGGUGGGCCCUGUCAAGCUGGCCCCCUCUGGCCUCGGGGCCGUGUGGGCGAGGUGCCCAGUGUCGGCUGUCCGCAGGCUGGCCGAUCUGGGCAAAAUCACGGUCGGGUGA